GUUUGAUGACAGUUCCUUUGCUUGGAUUGUGAAGAUAGAUAAAAAAUCUAUCUCUAUUCUUUUCAACACCACCACAAUACAAUACCCAAUCCAGGAAAAGUUGUUGCCUGUGAAGGAUGCCUUCAGCUGCGAAUGCAAAAUCCGAAAAGCCAGCCUCUUCGGAGGCUUCGGAUAAUUCACCCAUACGACAGAUUAUGACUAUUAUUGAACAUAAAAUCCGGAAUUUGGAGAAAAGAAAGAGUAAGCUGACAUCAUACCGUGACUUGCAAAAGGCUGGAAAAGAGCUGAAUAGUGACCAGAAGGUAGCAGUUGCGAAGUAUGAUGAAGUGGCGCAGACAUUGGAGUUUGCAAGGGAUAUGUCCAAGCAGGUUGCAACAAUUGCAACAGCUGCUGAACGUGAAGCCAAGAAACAAGCAAAGAAGGAUGCAUGGGUCCGUUAUGCAGCUGAGACCAACAAAAUUCGAGAAGUACUAUUGAUUCUGGAUUGCCUUAUGCAAAUGGGUAAUAAUGAAGCCAGAGAAGAUUUCUUGAAUGGAUCUAAUGGCGCAGCGAAACUUACUGAGGAAGAUCUAAAAAUAUUGGAUGAUUUGUAUCCUGAAGUCACACCAAAACAUGAAGUAAAUGAAGAAGGAUUGCCUGGAUUUCAUAUUCAAGUUACAAAAGCUGCUGAACAUUUGUAUGCUGUUAUUGAUGGUAAACCAAAAGAAGUGAUUGGAACAACAUAUGCACGUAUCAAAGAAAUUGUUACCACAGUCCAUGAGUGUGGAUACUUUGACAAGACAGUUGAAAAUGUUGUUGUGGAAUCUGAAGAAAAUUUUAUUUCUACUUCUGAGGAGACUCAAGAGGUGGUAGAAAAUGAGCCAGAAGCAGAACCAGUGCCAGCUUAUCCCCCAGCUGGAGCACAUCCAGUGCCCCCAGCACCUGCUGUUGUUCCAGCUCCAGCAUAUCCUCUACGUCCACUUCCCCCAAUUACUCUGCAAGAAGUUGAGCAUGCUUACUUUUCUCAACAGUAUCCACAACAAAGGCCCAUAACAGAAGUAAUAGGGUCACAGAAUUUCUUCUUCUUACAAGAAUCUGAGAUUGAUAGCCCUAUUGGUACACCCCAACCACCACCAAUUCCAAACCAACCAUCACCACCAGCACCUAUCCCAACCCAAACCUUUACCAAUCAACAUUUUGUACAACUACCAGGAGCACGUGUUCCAGACUCUGCUGCCAUGCCAUUACCACCACAGCCCCAUUUUGCCCCACAUCCUGAGCAUCCUGGUUUUCCACCAAAUGCUGCUGGUGUCCAACUUCCAGGCCCUAUGCCACAGGCACACCCACCACAUCCACAACAUGUAGCCGCACAACCGCCGUCUCACCCUACGACGCAACCAGGAAUACCACAGCCUUCGCAGGCACAACCACAACCUCAUCCUAAACUUCAACCACAAAGUCAGACUGUGCAGGCAGAGCGGCAACCUGUUAACCAACAUGAAGAACGACAACAGGUUACACCUGUAGAGGAAAGAAAUGAUGAUGAAUGGAAAGAGAGCCGAAGUCCUGAGAAUGAGGAUGUUGCAGAACGCAAGGCACAGGGUCAGGGUGAUGGCCAGAAUAGAUUCAGGCGCUAUGGACGUGGAAGUCGCGGGACACCGAAUGGCCACCGUGGACGUGGUGGUUUUCCAAAUAGACAGGGCGGCGAUGGAUAUCGCGGUAGACACGGUGGCGAAUAUCAGAGUAGGCCUAAUAAGGAGGGCUACCAAAACCGGCAGUAUGAUGGCUAUCAAAACAGACACGGAAAGGAUGGAUAUCAUAACCGUGGCGGAGAAGAUGGAUACUAUGGAAAUGGCGAUACAGUUGAUUCACACCAGCAUAACGAGAAUGGUGGUGGACGUGACAGAUAUAAUGAUAACAGUCAGAGUUAUCAAGGAGGCUUUAAAGGCCGUGGCAGGGGAGGGCCCCGCGGCGGUUCCCGUGGGGCUGCACGACCGCCACGCCCUCAACAUUAUAAUCGCAAGCCAGAGAACGUCGAAUAGACUUUGUGACAUUAGACGAUGCGCCGCAUCAUUGGCCACUUCGUCAUAUAAAUAACUCAGUGGUGGACAAAAUCAUUCGUGGAAGGCAGAUUUCACCGGCAACAACGCGCUGUGGUAACAAACAGAGAUUAUGGUAUAAAAAUAAUAAUAAAAGAAAAACAAUAAAAAAAAAGUAAAAUAUUAAAACAUGAAACUGAAUAAAAAAUAAGUUACUUGGAUUUAGAUGUAUGAUAUAUGCAAUUAUUAUAAGUUACGUAAUUCUAGAUUCUUGUAUAGGUUAUGGUCACACUAGUGACUAAGUGAGGCGGUAUGUGGAGCGGGCCGGUGGGGCCGCCGUAUGUCGCUAGUACCUCGUGCGUGCCUCGUCCUCGUGAUAAUUUAAGUACAGGAGAUGUGUGCACACAAAACUGUUUUCUGGGACCUUUCUAAUCUCAUUCUUUUAAUGCAGUUGAUUUCAAUUGUAAUUAUAUGCGUUUAAAUAUUAUAUACUUUAUUUCUCAAACUAUAUAACAUAGCUUUCGUCAUUAUAUAAUUACUGUUACAGUUUAAGUAUUAUUUUAAUAUUACAUUGAAACCAGUAAGGUAAAUUUACCUUUAUUAUAUUAUAAUUAAAAAUAAAUAAUGACUGUGCGGCUUUAUUGUAUUUUGAGUACGUAAUAAGUCGCUGAAAAUUUUCUGUUAUUGUUUCGGUCAGGCUUCCUCACUAUUUCUUAACAUUGUUCUCAAUAGAGGCUGUGUGCAAGCAAAUUAUAAGUAUUCUAUACAAA